CAUUCGGCGGCCCUAUAUACAAUAAACUUUAUUUAUCUACUACUUUAGUAGGAACAACUACAUAGUCUACAAUCCCAAAAACAUAGACUGAUCUUUUUCCUAUUUUCUGUUACUUGAUUUGAUAACUUCGAUUCUUUAAUUUCUUUCUUUAUCAAGAAUGGAGGGGAGGAAACUGGAUUUGUAUUCUCCAUUACCAUCAAUAAGGCGAAUUUCAAGUAAAACGAAGCAUGCAAGUGAAUCAGAUAACAAGAAGACAGUUAUUACCAGACCAGAGGCUCGAUCAUGCUGCCUAAGGAAAGAACAAGACACGCCGGUUUUUGUAUUACCAGACCAGAGUUUCGAUCAUCUCUCAGAACCAGCUUCAAUACCUUUUGUGUGGGAACAGAUCCCUGGAAAACCAAAAGAUGACAUGGCUACAUUGAUUCAAGAGUCAGGUUUACUAGAAACCGACGAAGAAGAAGAUUUGUAUACAGUUUCUUCUAAUAGAACCUUCUCUGUUAACUGCAGCACGAGUGGUGUGAGCGACAUCAUCGAGAAGAACGGUGAGAGAGCUGACGAUGCGUCGUCUAGAGAAAAUCUCGAUCUAAUGAUGUCAAGAUUCUUACCAGCUGCUAAAGCAAUGGCUUUCACACAACAAAAACGCUCUUCAGAGCAGAAGCAAACCCUACAAAACAGAGAAGCUCUUGUAACUCGCCAAAGAAGUCAAGUAGCCGCAGAACAUGAGCAUCUCGCUAUUGUUCAGAGCCUUUACGAUGAUUUAAACAAUGAUGAUGAUGAAGAUGAUGAUGAUGUUGAUCAUCGAAUCUACCCAGAAGUUACUAUCAAGAAAGCUUGUGGAUUCUUGCCAAGGCUUUGUGCCAAGAACUCAUUCAAGAUUUCAAACCCGGUUCCUUUGGUUUCAGGAUCAAACCGGGUUCUGAAUCAUUCUUGUGAACAAACCGGUUUACCAAACUGGUCAACUAGGCGUCUUUCCGGUUUUAUCUCUCCGUACCGAACCUCUUGUUCUGCUCCGGAGCAAGCAGAGAGCUGCAAAAGGGUUAACAGAGGAAUGAGCAAGUCUCAAGAGCUGUAUCCACCAAGGACAAGAAGAGAGAUUCUUCCUAACCACUCACACUCUGGAGAAGUCAGAAUGUUUAGAAACUCCAUCUCAACUCCGUCGAGGAUCCAACGGACGACCAUUCACGACUCGAGGUUUCUUGCGGAGGAAGCAAUUAGAAGAAGAACAAGCAGCAAAAGGUCUGGGAACGUUUUGAGAACGUCGCAGGAAUGUACAGCGGCGAUUUCUACGCCACCUUUACCAGAAACUCCGUCUAGGCCUUGGCUUCGACGAACACUCCUCCCUCCGGUGAACCCUAGACCUUACGGCGUCGUGUUUGGUCAAGUUGGUGCUAAGAAACUGAAUCAAGAAAUUAUUGAAUCUACAAAAUGGGAAACGAUGGUUAAAACAUCUUAUGCUCACAACGAUCACGUUCGUUAUUCUCAGGAGCUGAUUGUUCAUUCCUCUCGCCAGCAAAAUACAUAAAAAUAGAUAAUUAACAUCGUUGUUUUACUUUACAAUUAAAUCAGUAAGCUUAAAGAAAAAAAUUGGCAUGCAGAAUUUUCCGAGAUUGUUUAGUUUGGUAUACAUAUAUAUAUUUUUAUCAAGUUUGGUUAUAUAUAUAAAUCUUUGUCAAAAAAAAGUUUGGUAUAUAUAUAUAUAUUUAUCAAAAGUUUAAUAUUAUUUUUGUUUGUGUUAUGAUUGUGGGCUUUGUUCUUCUGACCACAUGUUUUGUAAUCGAAGGCCUAACUGUUAUUGAUGUUUGAUAAAACAUAGUUAAACCUGUUACGAGCCUUAUACGGCUAGGCCGGGACAGUUAGAAAACGUAAUCAGGCGUGUUCAUAGUAUUUAAGUAUAUUGCAUCUGCAAGAACAAUUUUGGAUUUUAACCGAUAGGGCAUCUCCAGCUCUACUCCAUUUUUUACUUUAAACUCUAUUUUAUAGUAAAAAAUUCAAUGUGACAAAAAAAUAAAAAUUUCGAACCCAAUUCUAUUUUGAAGUUAAAUUAUUUUUAUUUAUGAGAAAAUUCUUUUAGUUUUGGAUAUUUUUAUUUCAUAUUUUAAAUAAUACAAUAACAUGAAAAUAUAUAAUAAUCCACAAAAAAAUAUUAAUAAUUUUAAUAAAAUAUUUAAAAACUAAAGAAAAACAGAACUAAACAAAAUAAUAUGAAAUUAAUAUAAUAUAAUAAAAAUAAGUAAUUUAAUUAGUUGGUAAAUCAUUCUCAGAAUCGAUGAAGUAUUGUUUAAACGGAACGGAUGAAUUAGUUUAUCUUAUGGAUCAACAUUUGGACUGAAAUAAUUUAUACUGUUGAACUUGAUACAUGCACAAAUAUUUGGAUCAUGUACAUAACUCAAAUAACAAAAGAAUUUUCUUUUUCUUUAUGUUAUUUUAAUGCAUAAUUUUGUUUUUGAAUUAGGAAAAUUGCAUAUGAUGAAAGUUAUACCAAUUAAAGUUAGAAAAUCUCUAAUUGUUUUCUAAUAAUAAAUGUUUAAAAUAUUUUUUUACAAAAAUUUUGUAAAUAUAAAAUAGUUGGUGUUGAUUGUUAAAUUUAUAUAAGUUAGAAGGUACUACUAACAAUAAUUAACUAAAUAAAAAUGGAAUCAUUUGUGAAUAUUCUUUUUGGAGUAAAAGAUUGAGUAAUACAUUGGAGUAAAACUCAAUUUCAUUUUAGAUUUAUACAUUUUGGAGUAAAAUAUUGAGUAAUACAUUGGAGAUGGUUUUAGUGUGGGUUUUUAUCAAUUGUUUUUUUUUUUGCUUAACCUUUGUUUUUCUAUCAAUUGUUUUAAGAAAUUAAAAAAGAAUAUUAAUAAUAUUAAUAAUAUUCAGAGUUCAAUUAAUGCAAUAUAAUAGGUUGAAUUUGAAGUUUUAGCAACACACAAUUGACAGAAAAAUCUCUAUAAUAUUAUUUUAGCAUUCACUUAUGUAUUAUAUGUA